AUGUCUGAACAAGUUUCGUUCCAAUUAUUUGAUUUAUCUCAAGACCUUGCCUUGCUAUCGCACCAAUACGAAAGCAAUCAUCACUUGCACCAAUUAUCAAAACUUCUUCCGUUCGCUCCAUUUCUAAUAAAACUUUUCACACAAGAUUCGUAUUGGAUUUUCAGACUAUUUAAUAAUGGCCAUUUAUUAGUAUUGAAUUUACUUUUUGAUCUUCCCUUCUCAGUGUUGAAAAGACAAGAUUUUUGGAAACAUGCUUGGAAGGAAAUGACUCUGGAUAUGAGAAAUAGAUUAGGUAGUUUAGUUUUUGAAGCUAUUGGAAAGUUAGUACAAUUAACUGAAGAAGAAAGAAAGCUUGUUUAUGAAAUUGCUGAGGAGAGACUGCUGAAUACAGUUUUUCAAACGGAUAUAGUUGUGGAUUAUGCUGAAAUGGCUAGAGAAAACAAUAGUUUACUUUCGAAUGUGGAUUUUGUUCUCCAAGCCAUGAAAUCUGGAAUAGUCCUCUCAGGAGUUGACGAAUCACUACUUAAUUCAAGAGAAUUCAUCUCCAAACAAAUCGAAAUUGACCCAACCCAUCAAGGUCUAGAUUGGAAACUCCAAAAUAAGGAUUUACUCAUUAAGAGUUUCGAAUAUGGACUUCCAAUAUAUUGGAUUGGAGAUAUUGAACCAUGGGAAAAUGAUGAACAAGUUGUAUUAAAAGCAGUCGAAGUGGAUGAUUAUAUCAUUAAUGAUAUACCUUCCAAAUUUGUAGGAAAUAGAGAUUUUUUAAUGAAAGCAAUUUCUUUGAAUGGAAUGAAUUAUAGAUUUUACAAAUCAGUAAUUAUUUCAGAAAUUCCAAAUUUGGAUGAAUUUGAAAUGGAAUUGGUGGCGAAGGAUGCAAAAUGUUUGAAAAUAGUUGAUGAAAAAUUUUCAAAAGAUCCACAAUUGAUUGAGAAAUUAGUUGAAAAAAAUCCAUUUAUAGUUCAAUUUCUUCCAAAUGUAGAAAUCAACUUACUAGAAAAGGCAGGUCAAGUAAUGGUUCAACAAUUCAAGACAAUUACAAAAAAUAACCAACCAGAAGAAAUUAAAUGUAAAGAUUGGAAGAAAUUAAUUAGAGAAAUGAAUUCAAAACCUUCGGAUACAGAACUUUUUAAUAGUUUGAACAAUUAUUUGAUAUUUAAUUAA